CGGCAGUUAGCGUAGCUAGCUAACCCUCAGAGAUAACGAUGGCGGAAGAAGUGACUUCUGUUGACGAUUUUGAUCAAAUUGAUUUUUUAAGAGACAGACAUAUACGAUUUUUUCAGAGAUGUCUCCAGGUGCUGCCAGAGCGAUAUUCCUCAUACGAGACGAGCAGGUUGACAAUUGUGUUCUUUGCCCUAUCUGGGCUUGAUGUUCUUGAUGCACUGGAUGCUGUAGACAAGCCUAGCUUGGUUGAGUGGAUAUACUCACUACAAGUUGUUCCCACAGAGGAUGAAUCCAAUCUUUGGCGUUGUGGGUUCCGAGGAUCAUCACACAUUGGAGUUCCAUACAAUACUUCAACGGGCCCUGGAUCUCCUCAUCCCUAUGACAGUGGCCACGUGGCUAUGACCUACACUGGCCUAGCCUGUCUGAUUAUUCUGGGAGAUGACCUGAGUCGUGUCAAUAAGAAGGCCUGUCUGGCAGGCUUGAAGUCCUUACAACUGGAAGAUGGCAGCUUCUAUGCCGUGCCAGAGGGAAGUGAGAACGACAUGAGGUUUGUGUACUGCGCCGCCUGCGUCUGCUACAUGCUGGACGACUGGUCGGGGAUAGACUGCAAGAAAGCCGUCGAUUACAUCAGGAGGAGCAUGUCUUAUGACAGUGGGAUUGGGCAGGGAGCUGGCCUGGAGUCUCAUGGUGGGUCCACGUUCUGUGCCAUAGCCACGCUGUGUCUGAUGGGUAAAUUAGAGGAGAUGUUUAGCGAGCGAGAGCUGAACAGGAUACGCAGGUGGUGCAUCCUCAGACAGCAGGACGGCUUCCACGGCCGCCCCAACAAACCAGUGGACACGUGCUACUCCUUCUGGGUGGGCGCCACCCUGGAGCUUCUAGACGUGUUUCAGUAUACUAACUUUGAAAAGAACCGAAACUACAUCCUGUCCACCCAGGACAGCUUAGUAGGAGGAUUUGCAAAGUGGCCAGACAGCCAUCCAGACCCUCUGCACACCUACUUCGGCAUCUGCGGCCUCUCCCUGAUGGGCGAGGCCGGCCUGCGGAGGGUGCACCCAGCCCUCAACGUCAGCGAUAGGGCCCUCCAGUGCCUGCAGCAGCUGCACCAGACGUGGAGAGAGGGCUGCACAUGACAGUGCAACCCCUCCCCUCGGAAUGUAACACACACACACACCCCACAGCCUGGCCUAGACCCCGACCCCCACCUGGUCCCACGCCAUCUGCAUCAAGAUCACCUCAGCCUCCAAAGCCACAUGCAGUUCCCAGUAAGCCAAGCCUCGCUCCCUCUGAAGCCCGGCUGCGCGGCUCAGCCCUGACGAAAGAAACUGAGAUGAGCGUGUAUCUCCCGAAACGGAAGGAGGUGGGUGGGCAGGAAGGUGGUGAUGAAUUAAUAAUCACGUCUGCUGUCAUCAAUUAUUGAACGUGAGACUGUGGAAGAGUCGCUGCUCGGGCCACGUUGUUUGGGUCCUACGCCCGUGAACAGGUUUUAUGGUUUCCUUUGAAACACUUAAUAAGGAGGGAUCUUUAUUAAGUGUUUCAAAAACUGGCAUUUUUUUUUUUUUGCUAGACAUUGACAAACAUAAAAAUCACUUGAUUAAGUUCCUAAGACAUCAUCUUUCUCUUUUUUUUAUUUAUUAUUUUUUUUUACUUAAACUUUUUUUUGCUUUUGUAACAAUAUUUUUCUGAAAAAGACUAUUAGUCUAAUAAUGACGUGAACAUUAGAAUAUCCACACAAAAAAAGCCUCAUUUAAAAUAUUCUUUAGAAAAUUCCUUUUGUUACCAUAAAUAUGAACUGUAUGUAUCAUGUGAUGACUUUCUUUUCAGAGACAGAAAUUGACUUUAUUUUAUUAGCUGUCAACUGAACAGACCUUGUGCCUCACAUAAUGCUACUUUACAACACUCGCUUCCCACCAGUUUGACUGUGUUGCUGCAGUUUGACAUUUCACUAAGACACUUGAAUGUUCACUUCAAGAUUGGGGUAAUCUUUUUUUCUAUAUCUAAAAUCAAUAUUUGGAUAUUGUGCCAGUGAUGGCACUCGCCUUUUUAUCAUGAUUAUAAAGUGCUGUUAAUGUAAAUUGAAAUUCCAGUCAGUGUUAACUAACAGCAUCCUUUCAUAUCACAAACAUUUAUAAUUGUGCAAUUGAGGCAGUGCAUAUUUAAUCAGAACUAAAAUAAAAUGUUUUUUGUUUUGUUUUUU